CAGACUGUAGAGAAGCUCAAGGCAGGAGGUAUCACGAGCUUGUUCCCCAUCCAGUCGGCCACUUUCAAUCACGUCAUGGAGGGCAAGGAUCUGAUUGCAAGAGCGAGGACAGGGACGGGUAAGACUCUCUCCUUCAUCCUCCCUGUUCACGAGCAGAUGCUUCGACUCAAGGAGGAGGGGGAACUGGACACGCGGAAGUACGGGAGGACGCCCUCCUGCCUCAUCCUCUCUCCAACCCGCGAGCUCGCCAAGCAGAUUGCCAAGGUGCUCGAGAUGGUCGCAGCCGAUGGCUUCUCAGUCCUCACGGUGUAUGGAGGCGUUGCUUACGCUGAGCAAGGGCAGGCGCUGAGGAAAGGGGUGGACUGGGUGGUGGGCACGCCAGGGCGAGUGAUCGACUUCAUGGAGAGGGGGCAGCUGAAGCUGAACAAUGUGCGAUACUUCGUGCUGGAUGAAGCAGACGAGAUGCUGAACAUCGGCUUCAAGGACGCGGUAGACAAGAUCUUCAAGGGGGUGAUGGGGGAGGAGGCGGAGAGCAAGCCCGAGCAUGUGCAGACCCUGCUCUUCUCUGCUACGAUCCCCGACUGGAUCGCACAGACGACGGAAAAAUACUUCGACAAGAACAACACGGCCCAUGUCGACCUUGUGUCCGGACAGCAGGGGCAGGAGACGGCGACUAGGAUCGAGCACCUGUGUAUCCCCUGCCCAUGGAACUCCCGCGCAAGGACGAUAGGAGACAUCGUGCUGUGCUAUGCUGGGUCUCACGGGAAGACCAUCAUCUUCACGGAGACAAAGAAGGAGGCGAACGAGCUUGCGCUCGACGAUGCGAUCAAGCAGGACUGCGCGGUGCUGCACGGGGACAUAGCGCAGGCUCAGAGGGAGACGACCUUUCAGGCGUUCAGGGACGGGAAGUUCCGCUGCCUGGUGGCGACUGACGUGGCGGCACGAGGGCUGGACAUCCCUGAGGUCGACCUAGUCAUCAUGUGCCAUCCCACCAAGGACGCAGACACGUACGUGCAUCGGUCGGGGAGGACGGGGCGAGCGGGGAGGAGCGGGGUAGCGGUGACGUUCUUCACUCCGAGGGAAAUGCACCAGCUGCGAGCUAUCGAGUGGAGGAUCAAGACGAAGAUGCGGCAGAUCAGCGCGCCGCAGCCAGAGGAGAUCGUGAAGGCGAACGCGAGGGACAUCAAGCUGUCUGUAGAGGAGGUGCACAGCGACGUCCUGCCGCUCUUCGAGAAGACGGCAGAGGAGAUGAUACAGGACAUGGGCGCUACCAAGGCGCUCUGCGCUGCCCUUGCCGUGAUCGCUGGGCAGACGAAGCCGCUCCCCGCCCGCUCGCUCCUGUCCUCCCUCGAAGGGUUCAAGACCUUUGUGAUCAAGACGACUCAGCCCAUGGCAGAGAGCAGGAUGGUUUUUGUUCUCCUCCGCAAGGUCCUCCCUCAAGAGCUCGUCUCCAGCAUCAAGGGUAUCCGUCUCUUCAAGGAGCAGCCGGUCAUGGGCGCAGCCUUCGACGUUCCGCAGGACAAGGUGGAGGAGUUCGAG